AUGAAAUUUCUUCUUGUGGUGUUGACUUCUGCCUUGUCCGUCUGCCAUGCCAUCAGUAUUCACUCGAGAACAAAUGGCGGCCUCAUUGUGAAUACCGUACAGGGAACCGUUUCUGGUACAUUUGUUACACCUACAGUCCGUCAAUUUCUGGGUAUACCGUAUGCCUCCGCCGGCCGUUGGCAACCACCAACCAGUCCUCCGAAGCGGCGUUCAAUCCUCAGCGCCACUAGCUACAGUGAUACUUGUCCUCAAAAUCUUGCGCCUGCGAACCUGGAGUUCUUAAAACUUGCUGGAGGGCAAGGCAUUGAUAUUCCGGAAUCCGAAAGUUGUCUUACUGCGAAUAUCUGGGCCCCAAGUCUUAAUAGGAAGCAGAAAACUGCAGUAUUGAUAUGGAUUUACGGGGGUGCAUUCCAAUUCGGAUCUAGCAAUCUUCCAAUCUACAAUGGUCAAAAUUUCGUGCGUGAUAAUGAAGAUAUCACUAUUGUAACCUUCAAUUAUCGUCUUAACAUCUUUGGACAACCAAACGCUCCCCAACUUGUCAGCAAAACUGGUUCCCAAAAUUUUGGUCUUCUCGAUAUUGAAGCCGCUGUUCAAUGGGUGCACGAAAAUAUUGCUGCAUUCGGGGGCGAUCCUGACCGUAUCUCUUUAUUCGGUCAAAGCGCAGGAAGUACAGCGACAGACGCAUAUGCAUUUUCUCAUCCUCAAGACAAGAUUGUAAAAGGUAUUAUUCAACAAUCGGGAAAUCUUGGGCUUGUAACAAAUGGUCUACUUGCAAACCCCACACUUGAUGAAACCACGUGGAAUAACUUAGCGUCAUCUUUGGGUUGUGGAAAGACUGCCAACAGCGCUCAGCUCUCCUGCAUGAAAGAAAUACCCUCGCGUACACUAGAAAACGCGGUCAUCAAAACUGGCUCAAACUUCAACCUUGUUACCGAUAAUAUUACCAUAUUUUCUGACAUAGCAUCGCGCUCUGCCGCUGGAAAUUUCUUGAAAGUCCCUGUCCUAGGCGGAAGUACCCUGAAUGAGGGAGACAUUUUUACGGUUGCUUCUCAACUAAUUUCACCGUCGGGAGUUGCUCUACCGUUUGUGACUGAGAUUCUUUCCGAUAUACAAACACAGACAACAUUUACCUGUCCGGCAGGAGCCUCUGCUCAAAUCCGCCUCAACGCAAAAGUCCCUACCUGGAGAUACCAAUAUCAAGCUGUAUUCCCAAAUAUUUCCCCAAGGCCGGAUUUGCGAUCUUACCACGCUUCAGAAAUUCCUAUUGUCUUUGGAACAUUCAACACUACUCCUUCGGUACCCUCCACACCAACAGAAAUACUAUUGUCCCAUUACAUGCAAUCGGCUUGGGUAGCAUUUGCUAGGAAUCCCUCCGAAGGACUAGUCAAUUUCGGGUGGCCGCUGUACGACCCAACAUCGCCCACUCUAGUCCAGAUUGGGAAUGCUGCCAACGCAACUGGGAUGGUUCUAACAACUGGCUCGCUCCUUGAUACAACUUGUGGGAACGUACCUGAACUCCUUGAAUUUUCAGGUCAACUUUCUGCCAAUUUUGCUUGA